AUGGAAAUGGAAGAAGAGAAGGAUCUACCUCUGUUAUUGGGAACCCCAUUCCUUAGUACAGUUGGCGCUUCAAUAGACUUUCACAAGCAAGAAGUGAUCCUUCACAAGGUUGUGAAGGAAAGGGUUGACAAAGAACCAAGAGUUGGGAAGGAUAAGGUUGAGAGAGGACCAAGGAUUGAGAAGCCACGUCUUGAGAGGGCUAGAGUUGAGAAACCACGAUCUGAUAGACCACGAGCUGAUCGACUUGUUCAAGCCCCUUGUGUGCUUGAUGAAGAGAGCCUUCAAGCUUUGUUUGAUGAGCCACUAGGAAGGGCUCUAAAAGAAGGGGAGGAUGUAGCCUCUAAGGCAAGACCAGGGAUAAAAGAAAAGGAUCCACCAGCUCAGGCCCCUUCAGUCAAGCCAUCUCAGCUCACAAUGACUUUGUUCCCCACCAAGUUUGAAAAUGGGAAGAUUGAGUACAAGAUAAGGUACAAGGGGAGAUCAAGGCCAUUCUCUAGAGCCAAAGCCUUGGUGACUUCAGAACAGUCCAGGGACCCAACCAAGCUAAAGGAGCUUCUGUCUCAAGUCCUCACUAUCACCCUUGAUGGUGGGACUAGCUCAACCAAUGCCUAA